AUGAGUGUCCGAGUCGUUGCACGAGUUCGUCCACUUCUCAAGUCCGAACGAGAAGUUGAUGUCAUUCUACGCACUGGUGCAUCCCCCGGCACCGAAACCAAGUCCCAACAGUCCUCGAGCGAAGACCGAAAGCUCGCCGCAUUGAGGGAUAGGGAUAAUGUCGUUCGGAUCCCUAAUCCCAAGAAUGAGGGGGAAGAAUAUACUUUUCAGUUCAAUGCAGUCUACGACGCAGAUGUAGCCCAGCAGGAGAUGUUCGAUGCCGAAGUUGCGCCAACCAUUAAGCACUUGUUCAACGGAUUUGAUGUCACCAUUUUUGCAUACGGCGUAACCGGUACCGGAAAAACACACACCAUGCGCGGUGGUAAAACUCUGGCUGAUAGGGGUGUCAUUCCCCGGCUGCUGAGUGGUAUCUAUAGACGAAGCCGGAAGAUCGAAAAGGAUACCGACGGAGAAACGACGGUUCAAGUCGCUCUGAGCUAUUAUGAGAUAUAUAACGACAAGGUCUAUGAUCUGUUUGAGCCACCAGAGAAGCGGACCCUAUCAGGCCUGCCUCUUCGCGAUAAUGGCGGCAAGACGGUUGUAGUUGGUCUUGUCGAAAAGGCGUGUACAAGCUUGAAAGAGUUUGAAGGUUUAUACGAUCAAGCAAAUAAUAACCGUUCAACUUCCGCGACCAAGUUGAAUGCCCAUUCGUCUCGCUCUCACGCCAUUCUCGGGGUGAAGGUUACCAUCUGCUCAGCCGACAAGACUCGAGUCAGUACCAUCUCUGCCAUCGACCUUGCAGGCUCUGAGGAUAAUCGACGGACGGAAAAUGACAGAGAGAGAAUGGUAGAGUCUGCCAGCAUCAACAAGAGUCUUUUCGUUCUGGCCCAGUGUGUUGAGGCGAUCACAAAGAAACAGCACCGCAUUCCGUACCGCGAAUCGAAAAUGACAAGAAUACUGUCUCUAGGCCAGAACAAUGGACUUACUGUGAUGGUUCUCAACCUUGCACCCGUCCGGUCAUACCACUUGGACACGAUCAGUUCGUUGAAUGUUGCCAACCGUACCCGAAAGAUUGAGGUACGAGAAGUAGAAAAUGAUCCUAUCUUUAAAGGCCCUGCGAGACCAGCGGCUCGGCCUUCUUUGGCCCGCUCUCGACAACCUUUACGGGCUCUCACAGCCUCCGUCAACGUGAAUAUGCCGGCACCUGCGACCAAGGAUCCACCGAAGGAUGACAAACCCCUGAAGGCUUUCAGCGUCUACUCUGAUGGACCCAAAGCAGUGUCUCAGACCCGGAAGCCUGAGCCUGUCAAGAGAACAUCCCUCUCAUCUGAUGCCCUGGCCGCUCGGCCUUUAAAGCCUUCCCGUCAGACUUCAAGCAAUGCAGAUUUAUCUGCCGCUAGAAUUGAGGAGAUGGUGGAGAGGAAAGUGGAAGAAAUUAUGGCCACGCGGGCCGUGAGUGAGCAAUCGAGACAAACGCAGGUCCGCGAGCUCAAUGAACAACUCCAGCGUAGAUUGGAAAUGCUGGAACAGCGCAUUGAGGGCACUGAGGAUGCUCGCGCAGAGGGUCUGUCGUAUCUCCUUAUGGCAAAGCAACACCAGGCACGUGGAGAGAACAGCUCCGCGUUGAGGAUGUACCAACUGGCACAGCCACACUUUCCGCAUAAUGAAAAGUUAACAGCUAAGAUCUCUGCUCUCAAGCAAAGGAUCGAGACACAACAGCCCGCUGCUUCACCUCCCAAGGGAAAGUUCGGAAGCAUGCUAUCCCUCAAGAAGGAUACCACUCUCACUCUUGGGAAGCGUCAGGCUGACUACGACAGUGAUUCCAUGAACCAGGCUGAUGAAGGGUUCUCAAGUGAUGAGAACAGUUUCAUGGGCCCAAAACAGAAAAAACGCACCACCAAGUCCAUCCGUCAGAACGGCACUAGGCUUGAAACUCUGGAUGAAUACGAGAAUGGGUCGCUAUCCCCUCGAACCCUACACCUGCUUUCCAUCGUGAACUCGCGGGAUGUCAGUCAGAUCAAGCUGUUGAAAGGAGUUGGGGUCAAAAAGGCAGAGGCGAUUGUCGAUUGCCUCUGUGAGAUGGACCAAGAUUCCGCAGUUUCAGAUCAGUCCCAGUUCCAGGUGAACAGUCUAGCUCAGCUGAGCACUCUGAAGGGCGUAGGCAUUCGCACAGUUGAGAAUAUGCGGAAUGGUGUAUUUAUCUGA